GCAGCGCAGCCAGCCAGCGGGAGCUAGAGCAGCGGCAGCUCAGGUUUCCGCGACAGGAGCGGCGGCGGGUGCACUUGGCACCCUGGCUGAGCAGGACGAGGAGGCGGGGUGGGUGCCGGCCACUCAAAGCCGAAGAAGGACCGGGCUCCGGGGCCGGGACUCUGCCGCUGGGGAUCAACCUCCUGCUGACCGGGGUGAGGGGAUGCUGCCGCGGUGGAGCAUGUGUAGGGGCAGCUAGAGGCCUCCUCCUCAGGACACUUAAACGUUUGUUCCAAGCGUAGAGACUCCAGAAGAGCGGUGCUUGGGACCAUGGCAAGCUUCCGCCUGGACUUCGGGGAAGUGGAAACUUUCCUGGACCGGCACCCAGAGUUGUUUGAGGAUUACUUGAUGCGCAAGGGGAAGCAGGAGAUGGUGGAGAAGUGGCUGCAGAGGCACCGUCAGGGUCAGGGUGGUCCGGGCUCCAGGCCUGCUCCGGCCGGCACGGGUAGCAUGGCCCAUGGCAGUGGCAGAGACGGCAGCAGCGUUGGUGGCAGCACUGGAGCAGAUGGCCUUGCCAGCAGCCAGCCCACUCCUGGCGGUGGGGACAGUGGCGGGGUUCCGCUGAGUCCCAGCUGGGCCAGUGGCUGCCGGGGCGAUGGGAGCCUGCAGCGGAGAGCUUCUCAGAAAGAGCUGAGGAAGAGUUUUGCCCGCUCCAAGGCCAUCCAUGUGAAUAGGACCUACGAUGAACAGGUGACAUCCCGGGCCCAGGAGCCCCUAAGCAGUGUUCGGCGGAGGGCACUUCUGCGGAAGGCCAGCUCUCUGCCCCCCACCACGGCGCACAUCCUCAGUGCCCUGCUAGAGUCAAGGGUGAAUCUGCCUCAGUAUCCCCCACCAGCCAUCGACUACAAGUGUCACCUCAAAAAGCACAAUGAGCGGCAGUUCUUUCUGGAACUGGUCAAGGAUAUCUCCAAUGACCUUGACCUCACCAGCCUGAGCUACAAGAUCCUCAUUUUCGUCUGUCUCAUGGUGGACGCUGACCGCUGCUCUCUCUUCCUAGUGGAAGGGGCAGCUGCUGGCAAAAAGAGCUUGGUCUCCAAGUUCUUCGAUGUGCAUGCGGGAACACCCCUACUGCCAUGCAGCAGCACAGAGAACUCCAAUGAGGUGCAGGUCCCCUGGGGCAAAGGCAUCAUUGGCUAUGUCGGGGAGCAUGGAGAAACCGUCAACAUUCCUGAUGCCUACCAGGAUAGAAGAUUCAACGAUGAAAUUGACAAGCUAACAGGAUACAAGACAAAAUCCCUAUUGUGCAUGCCGAUCAGAAGCAGUGAUGGUGAGAUCAUUGGUGUGGCACAGGCGAUAAAUAAGAUCCCUGAAGGUGCUCCAUUCACUGAAGAUGAUGAGAAAGUGAUGCAGAUGUAUCUUCCGUUUUGUGGAAUCGCCAUAUCUAAUGCUCAGCUUUUUGCUGCCUCAAGGAAAGAAUAUGAAAGAAGCAGGGCUUUGUUAGAGGUAGUUAACGAUCUCUUUGAAGAACAGACUGACCUGGAGAAAAUUGUCAAAAAAAUAAUGCAUCGUGCCCAAACUCUGUUGAAAUGUGAGCGCUGUUCUGUCUUACUCCUAGAAGACAUCGAAUCACCAGUGGUGAAAUUUACCAAAUCCUUUGAAUUGAUGUCCCCAAAGUGCAGCGGUGAUGCUGAGAACAGUUUCAAAGAGAGCAUCGAGAAAUCAUCAUAUUCUGACUGGCUAAUAAAUAACAGCAUUGCUGAGCUGGUUGCUUCGACAGGCCUUCCUGUAAACGUCAGUGAUGCCUACCAGGACCCACGGUUUGAUGCUGAGGCUGACCAGAUAUCAGGUUUUCAUAUAAGAUCUGUUCUCUGCGUCCCAAUUUGGAAUAGCAACCAUCAAAUAAUUGGAGUGGCUCAAGUGUUGAAUAGACUUGAUGGGAAACCUUUUGAUGAUGCAGAUCAACGACUUUUUGAGGCCUUUGUCAUCUUUUGUGGCCUUGGUAUCAACAACACAAUUAUGUAUGAUCAAGUGAAGAAGUCCUGGGCUAAGCAGUCUGUGGCUCUUGACGUACUGUCAUACCACGCGACAUGUUCAAAAGCUGAAGUUGACAAGUUUAAGGCAGCUAACAUCCCUCUGGUGUCAGAACUGGCCAUUGGUGACAUGCAUUUUGAUGACUUUUCCCUUGAUGUGGAUGCCAUGAUCACAGCUGCUCUCCGGAUGUUCAUGGAGCUGGGGAUGGUACAGAAAUUUAAAAUUGACUAUGAGACACUGUGUAGGUGGCUUCUCACAGUGAGGAAAAACUACCGAAUGGUUCUGUACCACAACUGGAGACAUGCUUUCAACGUGUGCCAGCUGAUGUUUGCGAUGCUAACUACUGCCGGGUUUCAGGAGAUUCUGACAGAGGUUGAAAUUUUAGCGGUGAUUGUGGGAUGCCUGUGUCAUGACCUCGACCACAGGGGAACCAACAAUGCCUUCCAAGCAAAGAGCGGCUCCGCACUGGCCCAGCUCUAUGGGACUUCAGCUACCUUAGAGCAUCACCAUUUUAACCAUGCUGUGAUGAUCCUUCAAAGCGAGGGUCACAACAUCUUUGCUAAUUUGUCCUCCAAGGAAUAUAGUGACCUUAUGCAGCUUUUGAAGCAGUCAAUAUUAGCAACAGACCUCACGCUGUACUUUGAGAGAAGAACUGAAUUCUUUGAACUUGUCAGUAAAGGAGAAUAUGAUUGGAACAUCCAAAACCAUCGUGAUGUAUUUCGAUCAAUGUUAAUGACAGCCUGUGACCUUGGAGCCGUGACCAAACCGUGGGAGAUCUCGAGACAGGUGGCUGAGCUUGUAACCAGUGAGUUCUUUGAACAAGGAGAUCGAGAGAGAUCAGAGCUCAAACUCACUCCUUCAGCUAUUUUUGAUCGGAACCGGAAAGAUGAAUUACCUCGGCUGCAGUUGGAGUGGAUUGAUAGCAUCUGCAUGCCUUUGUAUCAGGCGCUGGUGAAGGUCAACAUGAAACUGAAGCCUAUGCUAGACUCGGUAGCUGCAAACCGAAGCAAAUGGGAGGAGCUUCACCAAGAAAGACUGCUGCUCUCCGCAGCCUCUCCAGCCCCUGCCAGCCUCAUGGUGGCUGAAGAGGACAGAAACUAACCCUGUGUCUUCGCAGAGCUGCUGCAGAGCGACCGCAGCCUGAAGGUCCAGCUUCUACCCGGCCACAUCAUCCUUUUGUUCUCAUAGCUCAGACAAACCUAAAGUCUCAGGGAUGUGGAUUUGCUGGGAAGUGUGCCUGGGUUUUCAGCAUAGAGUGGCCAGCAGCUGAGAGCAGGACAGAAGGACAAAGAAGCCGUAGGACAAGGGAGCUGGGACCCUCAACUGACACUGAGGAUGGCACAUGGGCUGACCAAGGCUUUUGGCCGAGGACUGGCUGGACCCACAGACCUGGGGACAGUCCGCUCUGCCCAGUGUGAGUUGCAAGAACAUGGGGCAGUGAGAGCAUCCUUCUUGCUGCUUCGUUUUGUACACACUUUUCAGUUUGUUAUCAGUCAAACACUGCCCGGUUCAGUGGCUUUUCAUGGAGUGCCCUUGUGUGCCAGAUUAUCCCAAGAAUCCAGCUGUGUAUUCCAUAGAGGCAUUUCAUUUUUAAUCUACAGCUUUUUUUUCUUUUCAGUAUAAGGAAUGUGGUUUAUUUUGGAGGGAAAAAGUAAGAAAAGCAAGAGGACAGACAACUACAUCAGAGCUGAGUGCCUCUCCUGUAGCUUCUUGAUGUGCAAUCAGAGCCUUUAGAAUUCCAUACCUAAAAGAUAAAAGCUAUGCUGUCCUUAUAGAUACCAACCAAUCCUAAUCACUCCACCAGAAGUCCACAGUAGCAGUAUCACAGAUGUGUUUGUCUUUGGUGUUUAUGUAAGAUUUGUAACUCUACAGUAAGAUCAUGGUCCUGUUUUUCAGAAUUUCAGAGUUCAACCAUCAUUAUAGACUAAGCCUUCUCCCAUAGAUUAAUAGACUUUAAUUAAAGCAAAGAU